AUGGCUCUCAAAUUCCUGAGCGGCCACAGUUCGAAUACCGGUUCGAGCAGCAGCGUCAAGUAUUUCGACAUCCGCCUGGACAAUGAUUAUAUUGUCUUUCGGGGUAGUGAGGAUGAGGCCUCGAGCGCCUCGCUGUCCGGCACCGUCGUUUUGUGCCUGACUGAACCUCUCACCAUAUCGCAUAUCGAUUUGACUUUGAGUGGCAUCCUGCAUAUGUCAUGGCAAACCACUUCCACUUCCUCCAUGUCCGGCCGACGGACCGCAUCCAAAGAGCGAACAUUCUUCGAGAAGAGUUGGGUAUUUCGAGAACCGGGGAAAGGAAAGACGGAGGUCCUGCAGCCAGACAACUACGAGUGGCCUUUUCAAUGCGUUCUACAAGGCUCUCUCCCUGAAAGUGUGGAAGGACUGAAAGAUGCUUGGAUCAUAUAUCGGCUCAAGGCACAAAUCAGUCGCAAAAGAGGCCGAGAUAUCGUGGUCAGGAAACCCUUGCGUAUCGUCCGGACUCUCGAUUCCAAUGCUUUGGAACUCUCUCACGCUAUGUCAGUGGAAAACAUCUGGCCGAACAAGAUUGAGUAUUCUAUAUGCAUACCGAAUAAGGCCGUGGCAUUCGGGUCUUUUGUCCAGGUCGAUUUCAAGCUGAUCUCGCUGCUCAAAGGUCUCGUCAUUGGAAAUGUUUCCACUCAGGUCAAGGAAGAGCAAGAAUUUGUCGUCGACCCAGAAUGGGGCAUCUCCGCCCUCAGCAAUGGCCACAUGAAAACGGAAAGGGUCAUAGUCGCGGACGUCUACCGGAUCAAUCCCGAAGUGGACGAACAAGUUAUCGACGAAGUAGCAGAGGGUUAUCAGUUCUCUCGCUAUCUGGAGCUCCCGAAAUCGCUCAACCAUUGCCUUCAGGACUGUAACGUCAAAGGCAUCAAAGUGCGCCACAAGGUGAAGUUCAAUGUCCAGCUGCACAACCCGGAUGGUCAUAUUUCCGAACUACGAGCCAACCUUCCAGUCACCUUCUAUAUUUCACCUAGUCUGCCAAUCAACGAGAACAAUGACCUCAUCGAUCAAACACCACAAGCAUCAAGAGCCGCAGUAGCGAACGACUUGGCCAAUUCUGCGCCGCCGGUUUAUGGCAAGCAUACGCUGGAUCUGUUGUAUUCCGACGUGGAUGGCUACAGGACUCCGGGGACGGCUCUGUCGACUCCAGGCACGCCUUACUUGCACAGUCGCCACACCUCGUCAGAAAAUCUGGCCAGCCUUGCCGCCAUCACGAAUGGGACAUAUGUUUCACCCAUAGCUCUUCAGAAUAGGCUUCAGAAUCUACGCGGUGGCCUUUCGGGUCCUUUGGUGGAGGAUGAGAACGAUCUAUAUCGGGGAGACCCAACAGCACGUUCCAGGAGGAAUUCCUCCUCUGCUCAUUUGCAGGAGGAUUAUUUUGCGUCUCAAGAUCCCCGAAAUUCUGCGACACAUCCCAGAAUCAGCCCCUACGACACCGCAUUUCAAUCCGGACUUCAAUCAACGACGCCAAGCCAACCAGGUAGUAACCUCAUGUCGCGGCGGACCUCUGAAGAAGACGAAGGACAUCAGUCUGGUACUCGAACACCAUUCCCUCAGUUCGACCACAUGGAGGACUUGGCAAAGGUUCCUUCUUACUCAACCGCGGUUAAGGCGCCUGUCCCGAGAUCGGAUCUGUCGAGCUCCCUACCCACAUACGGAGCGGUUGUUCAAGGACCGAGCGCUCCUGCGCUUACAGAGCCUCCGACCGCUUACAUUCGCAAUUCUUCUAGGGUCCCGGGAAGCUUGGCAUCGAGUCCUCCCGAUGCGGGAAUGAGCAAUUCCCGCUCGGCUUCACACAGAAACCUGAGUUCGAUCCAAGAUGACGAGCGAAGGAUUAGGAUGAUGCAAAUGCGAGGCCGGUGA